AUGGUUGAUGAGGUGAUCCUUCUAGAUUACUGGGCGAGUCCAUUCGGUAUGAGAGCUAGGAUCGCUCUUAGAGAGAAAGGAGUUGAGUUUGAGUACAGAGAAGAGAAUCUGAGAGACAAGAGUCCCUUGCUUCUCCAAAUGAAUCCGGUCCACAAGAAGAUUCCGGUUCUGAUUCAUAACGGUAAACCGGUUUGUGAAUCCAUGAACGUGGUUCAGUACAUAGACGAGGUUUGGUCCGGUAAAAACUCUUUCCUCCCUUCUGAUCCAUACCAUAGAGCUCAAGCCAGGUUCUGGAUCAAUUUCAUCGACACCAAGGUGUACGAGCCAGCUGAUAAGAUAUGGUCUACAACAGGGGAGGUACAAGAGACGGCCAAGAAAGAUUUUAUUGAAGCACUCAAGAUUCUUGAAGCUGAGCUUGGAGAUAAACCCUACUUUAGUGGAGAUAACUUUGGGUUUGUAGACAUUGCCAUGACUGGUUAUUACAGCUGGUUCAAACCAUUUGAGAAGUGCGCUAACUUCAGCAUCGCAUCAGAGUGUCCAACACUGAUGGCUUCAGCCAAGAGGUGUUUACAGAGAGAAAGCGUGGUUCACUCCAUCCCUGACCCUGACGAGCUCUUUGCCUUAGCCUUUAAACUUAGGAAGGAGUAUGGUGUCUGAAUCUUCAAUUUUUCACAUUUGGUUUGUGAAUUGAUUCCACCUCACCUUAGUCUUAAGGUUUUGUCUCUUGCCAACAAAGAAUAAUAAUGGUUGUGAUCUGUAUCAUGGUAUAAGUAUAACCCUUGUGUUAAUGUGUGUUGAGAGUAAAAUUGUUUAGUGCAUGUAAACCGUUUCACAAAAGUCCAUUCAUUGUACAUAGUCGUUUCGUU